AUGACGCAUUCUCCUGUGGGAGUGCGUUUCGUCUUUGACCGGGUUCGAUCAGCUGGGUACGCAUUGGAUGAAGUUGACGAAAUAGUCCCUGCAUCUAAUUACUCCCCGCGGGAGGAGGGUGAAGCGUUCUCAGAGGAGGGAGAAGCUUCCAGCGAUGAAAACACUGGCGCAGUGACAACCGAGCAGCAGGAGCGCGAGUAUCGUUCUCGCCUGACCCGACGGAAAGCUGAGAGGGAGGCUGAAGCAGCUGCGGCUGCAACGGCUAUGGCGAAGAGCAAUGCCGCUCAUCUCCCUCCUCGAUCCAAGUUCGACUCCCCAGAGAGGUCUGUCGAUGACCGAGAUGUUUUACUGGAGAAGCCGGAUAUCCACAGUUCCAUCGGCACUGGUGCCUUUCAGAAUCUCACAUCCUCUUCCAGCAGCGAUAGUAGCAACGAGAGGCGCUCACUUAAGCGUGGUUACGAUCAGCAGAGAAUUGAAGUAUUAGGAAAGAAACCCAAUAACUCAAUUACUGUUUCGGUCACUACGUCAUCUCGUCACAACCGUCGCCAUCACCACCAUCGCCAGUCCUCGCGCCGCUCACAUCAAAAAUCUUCCGAAUCACAGUCCAAUCUGCAUAAACACGCCAUCUCAAUCUCAGCCGAUGAAGUAAAGAAGUCGUACCACUCGUCGGAGUCUCCUAUCCCACUAUCCUCCGGGCGCAAUCGAUCGCGUUCUCCACCACGUGAUCGAGAAGGCGUCGAAGCGAAAGCAGACACCUACAUCACGCCACCGCCUCCUCUGGAACCCUCAGGUCUGAAUACGCGUCUUGCCUCGGGUCGUGCCCCCAUCAUCGAUGGCAGCCACUUAAAGUAUUUGGAGGAAGAAGAGGAGGAUGAAGAUGAGAUCUACAGCGAGGAAGGCGCAGCGCUGAAAGCCAAUGGCGAUGAAGGCAAAGGCGUGGAGACAUCCGGGGAAUUGCAGCUUGAUCGGGCACCGCCGAAACCCUUCUACUUCCCCUCCAUUCAAGGCUGCCGGUCGGUAGAUGAGUUUGAGUGUCUCAAUCGCAUUGAGGAGGGUACCUACGGGGUGGUGUACCGGGCACGCGACAAGCGGACCAACGAAGUAGUGGCUCUGAAACGACUAAAGAUGGAGAAGGAGCGGGAGGGCUUCCCCAUCACUUCGCUGCGUGAAAUUAACACCUUGAUGAAAGCGCAGCACGAAAACAUUGUUACUGUUAGGGAGAUUGUGGUCGGAUUCGACUUAGAUAAGAUUUAUCUGGUGAUGGAAUACGUGGAGCAUGAUUUGAAAUCUCUCAUGGAGAUUAUGAGUGGGCCCUUCACAGUGGGUCAAGUAAAGUGUCUGUUAAUCCAACUCCUCCGCGCAGUUCAGCAUCUGCACGACAACUGGAUCCUCCAUCGAGACUUAAAGACGUCAAACCUGCUCCUGAGUCACAAGGGUAUUCUCAAGGUUGGUGACUUUGGUCUGGCUCGAGAAUACGGCUCUCCGCUUCAGCAUUACACAGAGGUUGUGGUCACUCUGUGGUAUCGUGCUGUUGAACUGCUCCUAGGCAGCAAAUCCUACUCCACCCCGAUUGAUCUCUGGUCUGUGGGAUGCAUAUUCGCGGAGUUCCUCCUUCAGCGUCCCCUCUUUCCGGGCAAGGGUGAGGUGGAUCAAAUAAACAUGAUCUUCCGUGACCUCGGUACCCCCAACGAACGCAUUUGGCCGGGUGUAACUCAACUCCCCGGCAUGCGUAACGGCGUCUUCACUGAGUACCCCUACAACCAGCUACGACGUCGCUUCACUGAAAAGCAGAUCUCCGGUCUCGGCUUUGAGCUUCUUACCAACUUCCUCACUUAUUGUCCGGAGCGGCGAAUAACUGCAGAGAAGGCGCUUUCACAUCGUUAUUUCACAGAGCGUCCACAGGCCAUCCACCCAUCGAUGAUGCCCAGCUGGCCAGCCAAGUCGGAGGGUGGAGGUCGUCCGUCGCAGUCCUCGCAUCGCCCCGCCUCACCACGCCCGCCGCCGGGGGCCACAGGCUCGUUGCGGGAGCCUCCAGCACCACUUGGUGCUUCACUAUUCUUUGCUGCUGCGUCCAAGCGCACGCCCUCGCGCAAUACUGCUACCAGUGGUGGGAGUGGUAUUCGUGGCUCUGGACCUGAUCAUGGCUUCCUCCUACGCUUCUGA